AUGAUGGUGGAUUAUUGUACGAAGAAGAAGAAGAAGAAGAAGAAGUGCCCACCAGGCCCACUGGGGCUUCCCCUGCUGGGCAACUUGCUCCAGAUCGACAAAGCCAGGCCUCAGGUAUACCUACAGAGGCUGGCCCACAAAUACGGGCCUCUCGUCUCGUUGAGGCUGGGCCGGGCUCGUAUCCUGGUGGUGUCAUCCUCACGCAUGGCAGAGCAGAUCCUGAAGACCCACGACCGCUCCUUCUGCAGCCGGCCUGCGGUGGUGGGCCAGCAGAGGCUCUCGUACGGCGGCCUCGACAUGGCCUUCUCCCCUUACAACCAUCACUGGCGGCGGAUGAGGAAAAUGUGCGUCCUCCAUCUCUUUUCUGCCAAACGGGUUUUGUCCUUUCGGGCCGUACGUGAGGAUGAGGUCAGGCGCAUGAUAACCAAGAUCAGUACUCUUAGUAACAGCAAGAGCCAGCUGGCUGUCAACUUGAGCACCAUGGCCAUGUCAUUGGCCAGCAACCUGAUUUGCAGAGUAGCUUUCGGGAGAAGGUAUGAUGAUGAUGAGUACGAAAAGAUAAGGUUCGACAGGCUCAUCAUUGAGGCCCAGGCCUUGAUGGUGAGCUUCUACUUCAAGGAUCAUUUUCCUGCACCUUUUGGUGUUUGGGCCGACAAGGCGUCUGGAUUGAUGGGGAGACUGGACAAGAACUGCCAAGAGUUGGAUGCGUUUUACGAGCAGCUCAUCAACGAGCAUCUCGACCCCAACAGGCCCAACCCAGAAACAGAUCCCGACAUUAUUGAUCUCCUCAUCCAACUCAAACAAAACCAAGGGGAGUCGACCGAUUUAUCUUGGGACAAAAUCAAAGCAUUACUCAUGAAUCUAUUCGUUGCGGGAACUGAUACAGCGGCAGCAGUAAUAGUUUGGACAAUGACAGGUCUCAUGCAACGGCCCAAAAUGAUGAAGAAAGUACAAGCACAUAUCAGGCAAACCAUGGGCAGCAAUAAAGGAUUUGUCCACGAGGAUGACAUCAUGAAGCUACCGUACCUAAAGGCGGUGGUGCUGGAGGCUCUCAGGCUGUACCCACCGGCCCCGCUAAUAUUCCGAACCCAAAUAUUGCCAAACGAAUGCACGGUUAUCGAUGGGUAUGAAAUCGAGCCUGGAACGUCGGUUUAUAUCAACGCGUGGGCCAUGGGUAGGGACACGGAGACCUGGGAGGACCCGGAGGAAUUCCGGCCCGAAAGAUUCAUGAGUGGCAGUAAUGAUAAUACUAAUAUGGUACUGAUCAAAGGUUGCCGAGACUUGGACUUUGAGAUGAUACCAUUUGGCGGAGGGAGGAGAGGGUGUCCUGGGAUGGAAAUGGGUCUAAUAUCAGUCGAGCUGGCACUCGCCAAUCUGCUAUACUCGUUCGAUUGGGCAUUGCCACAUCAUCAUAGCACGAUCGACACUGAUGCAUUGCCGGGCCUCACCAUGCAUAAGAAAAGCCCACUCCUUCUAGUCCCCACCCUCUAUAUGUAA